UUUCAGUAUGAAACUCAUAAAUUCAUUAAAGGACAAGGAAGCUCAAAGACGUUUUAUCCUGUGGUCUUUACUGACACCAUGGGUCUGGAAGAGGGGAGCAGCAAAGGAGUUCAUGUAGACGACAUCAAGCUGGCUUUGAAAGGACACGUGAAGGAAGGUUACAAGUUCAACCCAGUUUCUCCACUAACUGAAGGUCACCCAGACUACAACCCGAACCCCUCCGCUGAUGACAAAGUCCACGUGCUGGUCUGUGUGAUGUCUGCCCACAGUUCACAGAUUAGACCAUCAGUUCUGGAGAAGAUAAAGAAGGUCAGAGAAACAGCCAGUGAGCUGGGAAUUCCUCAAAUGGCCAUGAUGACGCUCAUCGAUGAAGCUUGUGGUGAAAUCGAGAAAGACCUGAAGAAUGUGUACAAGAGCAGAUACCUAAAAACAAAGAUGAAAGACUUCAGUGCAUCAGUGGGAAUCCCAUUGAACUGCAUCUUUCCUGUGAAGAACUACAGCGAUGAAAUCGACCUGAAAGAUGAUGUUGAUACUCUGAUCCUGAGCGCCCUGCGGAAAAUUAUCGACUUUGGAGACAAUUUUAUUGAAAAGAAUUAAACAGAUUUAGAGGAAACGAUGAGGUGGAAGAGGUUCAGUUAAUAUGCUCUAUAUCAAUAGGACAUUUAAAGGUACAUUAAUUUUGUGUUAAGUUUGGCAUUUUUGUUUUUUGGAAUCUAGUUUUGGAUUUAGAGGUAAAGGGAACUUUUAGCAGAAAAAAAACUUUCAGCUGUAGUUAUUCUAUCCUUGAAUAAAAACUAGAUUUCAUGUUUUAAAGUGAAACUUGUUUUAGGUCAAGAUAGCAGUGCAAAGUACUACAAGAAAUGGUUCCUCCCAACUUUAGAUUUACGAGGGAUAUAAGGACAGAGGAAAAAGUUGUCUGUGUAGCAAGGAGUCAAUAAAAUAGCAAGGUAUCGUUUAAUGUCAUUAAAAUGCAAAAUAA